AUGGAGGCUCUCGAAAGAAUUUUAUCUGUACUACUCAAACGAAUGUCUAGAAGUAUAACUGCUGCAACAGUUAUGCCAAUCGUACAAUCCUAUUUGAGUAUGAUACGAGCAAUAUUACGGUUUCUUGUCAGACAUUUGAUGGCACAUUUGAAACUUUUGACUUCUGGUAGUCAUGUUUCACAAGCGAUUCUCACUGCCGCUCAGCCUUUCUAUCAUUCGCCUGGUGUUUCGCCGCAAGAAUUUCAGCCAGAUCGUCCGAUUGGAUAUGGUGCCUUUGGUGUGGUUUGGUCAGUGACAGAUCCGAGAAGUGGCAAACGUGUAGCGUUAAAAAAGAUGCCAAAUGUCUUUCAGAAUCUCGCUUCAUGUAAACGCGUCUUUCGUGAAAUACGCAUGCUUUCAAGCUUCAAACAUGACAAUUGGAUAAAUGAGCGAAUCAAUAGGUUGUAG